CUUUAUUCUUCUUCUUUUAUUCUUUCUUUUUGGUCUUUCAGUAUGCCUUCGUACUCUGCCAUUGCUGGCACCGACUCUGAGGCGCUCCAGGAUCACAAGCCAGCGUACAGUGGCUUCUCCCGCCAGCCCAUCCACCGCCGCUUCAGCCGCAAGUGCUGGAUCGGCACUGCAGUCCUGCUCGCCAUCGCCGUCGCCAUCGCCAUCGGCGUCAGCGUCUCCAAGAGCGACGACAGCGGCAACUCUCCAUCGCAACCGGCCAUCUGGCAAAACAUUCGCCUCCCUGAUUCCGUCGUCCCUUCGGCCUAUGAUCUCUUCCUGCACCCCAACAUUUCCACGUUCGACUACACUGGCCGCGUCAAGGUGUCCGUCAGCGUGCUCAAAUCCACAAAAUUCAUCCUCAUUCACUCGGUCGGCCACAACUUUACUGACAUUGACAUUACCGCCGAUGCAACGGGCGACGCUGUUCCAAUCCGCAGCUACUUUACCUACGCAGAAAACGAAUUCCUCGUCAUUGAGCUCAAAAACUCGGCCCCAGUGGCCAACUACACGCUCGACAUUUCGUUCGUUUCCGUCAUCCGCUCCGACCUGACUGGCUUUUACCGCUCGUCGUACCUGACCUCGACUGGCGAGCGCCGCUGGAUUGCCACGACCCAGUUUGAGCCCGUGGAUGCGCGCCGUGCCUUCCCUUGCUUUGACGAGCCGGCCAUGAAGGCCACCUUCAAGCUCACCAUGGUCAAGGACCACGCCAUGACUGCGCUCGGCAACAUGCCCAUUGCCUCCACGACUCCCUCGCCAACCAACCCCAGCUGGGACGUGGUCGAGUUUGAGAACAGCGUGCGUAUGAGCACCUACCUGGUCGCCUUUGUGGUGUGCGACUUUGUCAGCGUGACCUCAACCACCCCUGGCGGCGUUGUCGUCAGCAUCUGGACUCCCCCGGAAAUCAUCUCCCAGGCCGAGGUUGCCUUGAACGUGAGUGCCGCCAUUCUGGCGUACUACGAGUCCUUCUUUGGCGUCCCGUACCCGCUGCCCAAGUCGGACUUGAUUGCCAUCCCCGACUUCAACGCUGGUGCCAUGGAAAACUGGGGCCUCAUCACCUACCGCGAAACGGCACUGCUCGUCGAUCCCGCGGCCUCGUCUGCCUCGAACGUCCAGCGUGUCGUGACUGUCAUUGCCCACGAACUCGCCCACCAGUGGUUUGGCAACCUUGUCACGAUGGAAUGGUGGAACGACCUCUGGCUGAACGAGGGCUUUGCCUCGUUUGUCGAGUACAUUGGCGUCUCGUCCGUGCGUCCCGAGUGGGACAUGGACACUCAGUUCUUUGUCUUGGCUCAGAAGGAAGCCUUCUCCCUCGACGCGCUCGAAUCGUCCCACCCCAUCGAGGCUGAGGUGACCAACCCUGGUGAAAUUAGCGAGCUGUUCGAUGCUAUCAGCUACGACAAGGGCGCCUCUGUCAUUCGCAUGCUCUUCAACGUGAUGGGCGAAGCCAACUUCCUCGCCGGCAUCAAGUCCUACCUUCUGCAGCACCAGUUUGCCAACGCGCAGACGAACGACCUGUGGGCCUCGCUCUCUCAGUUUACCACCCUCGACGUCAGGGCCAUCAUGCACUCUUGGACCAGCCAGGUCGGCUUCCCCGUGCUCACCGCCACCCCUUCCAACGAUGGCUCGACCGUUCACAUUGUCCAGAAGCGUUUCCUCGCCGACCCCAGCGCCCAACCCGACCUCACAACUCUGUGGGCGGUGCCGAUUUCCCGCACUGACUCGUCUGGUGCCCAAUACCCCGUGACCUGGAUCGAAGACGCGCAGCACAUUAUUCCUCUCACCCUCCCCGCUGGCGGCUGGUAUCUGUUCAAUGUCAACCGCACUGCCUUCUUCCGUGUCAACUACGAUGCAGUCAACUGGGCCCGCCUCGGCGCUGCGCUUCUCAGCAACCCCUCGCAAUUCUCGGCCUCCGAUCGCGCCGGCAUUCUCGACGACGCCUUCACCUUCGCCCGUGCCGGCGUCGUGCCGUUUGUGCUGCCGCUCAACCUGACCGCCUUCCUCUCGCAGGAGCUUGACUACACUGUCUGGUCCACUGCCGUCUCCGGCCUGGCCUACAUUGGCUCGCAGCUCCGCUGGCAGCCGUCCUUCGGCGCCUUCCAGGACUACUUUGCCAAGCUUGUCGGUCCUGCGGCCAACACGCUCGGCUGGCAAAUCCAGGCGUCGGACCCGCACAUGACCCUGCUUGCUCGUGGCCUGGUGCUUGACGCUGCAUCGCGCCGUGCCGACCAGAUCGAUGCCGUCGGCAACGCGACCGCGCUGUUCAAGGCUUUCAUGGCCGACCCCGUGAACGCCCAGGUCCCCGCUGACUUGCGCGACUUUGUCUAUCUUGUCGGCAUUGCUCAUGGCGACCGCCCAGAGUGGGACUUUAUGUGGGAGCAGUACCUGCAGACGACCGCCGCCACCGAGCAGCGCCGCAUCCUGCGCGCGCUUGCCUCGACUCGCAUCCCGUGGCUCCUCAACCGUCUGUUGGCCUUCUCGCUCGACCCCACCAAGAUUCGCUCCCAAGAUGCUACCACCGUCGUUGCCUACGUCGCAUCCCAAACCACCGGCGAGCUGGUUGCCUGGGAUUGGCUGCGCGCGCACUACGACGAGUAUGCUGCCAUGCUCGGUGGCGGCAGCUUCUCACUCGGCAACUUUGUCUCGGGUGUCGUUGCUCACUUCCAGACGCAGCAACUUUACAACGACGUCCAAGCCUUCUUUGCCCCCAAGGAACUGGGCGCUGCCGCCAACGCCGUGGCCCAAUCGCUCGAGUCCAUCAGGACCAAUAUUCUGUGGUUGGCAGCCAACCAAGCCCAGAUUGAACAAUUCCUUGGCUACGUUCCUGCGUAAAGCUCGGGAAGCGUUGGGUGUUGUUCGCGUUCUCGGAGAGAGUAGUCGUUUCACUACUUCCUAUUUCUUUUCUUUUUUGUUGCUUGUUCUUGGGUUUUUGGUUGUGCCUUCGCUUUUUGAUUCGCGGUUUCGACACUUUCGGGUUGUUACUUUCUUCUCGAAUUUGAACCUGAAAUGAUUGGAACCCUCCCCCCCCCCAGAAAAAUAAACAUCAGAU